ACACACACACAGAGAGACAGACAGACACACACUGUUUUCUUUAAGCUCUUCAUUGGUAAUUAACUUUAAGUUAAGUGUGGAAUGACUAUGGGGGGGGUGUUAAAAUGUUUACAGCACUUGGAGCUUUCCUUUUCUCCAAACACUUGUGUGCACUUGAACACAGGUUGUGUAACUAUAGAUUCCAUUGUUUUCAUUCUAUGAUGUAAUGCACUGUAACUGUGUUAUACAGCUUGAGGUUCAGAGGUUCAUCACAGUGAUGAUCAUAUUUGAUCUUAUGAUCUUAUCCAGAAAAACAAUAACUACAGGUGUUUGUUUCCCUGCCCGUGUGUCUGCAGGUGUGCACGCUGCCGGACGGCGUGCUGUCAGACGUGGUGUGUUACGCUCUGUGGCUGCUGGAGUCGUCUCACGCGUCGGGCGUCUGCCACGCCACCAUGUUCUUCUCCAUCGCCUUCUCCUUCAGAGCCGUGCUGCAGCUCUUCGACCACCAGGACGGCCUGCGCCGGCUGGUCAACCUGGUCAGCACUCUGGAGAUCCUGACCACACAGAGCGAGGUGUCCAUAAUGAGCGAUGACCAGGUCUUCGCCAACCGACAGACGGCUAAACACACCUGCAUGGCCCUGCGCAGGUACUUUGAGGCUCAGCUGGCAGUGAAGGCUGAACAGGUGAAGCAGUCUCUGCACACGUCAGACGAAGGAACCGUCGUUCCCCAGCAGCCCUUCUAUAAGGUUCCUGUUAUCUGUGUUAUCAGCAUCCUGUUAGAACAGAACCGUAACGAAGGAAGUGAUGAACAAAGAGGUGUGUUUGUGUGUGUGUGUGUGUGUGUGUGU